AUGGCGGGCGGGCGCCGCGGCCCGCUGUUCGCGGCGCUCCUAGCCGCCUGGGUCGUGGCGGUGGCGGUGGCGGAGGCGGAGGCCGACCAGGAGCAGGCCGCGCGGCCGCCGGAGCGGAGCCUGGUGCGGCCCAUGACCGCUUCAAACUGGACGCUGGUGAUGGAGGGCGAGUGGAUGCUGAAAUUUUAUGCCCCUUGGUGUCCCUCCUGUCAGCAGACUGAUUCAGAAUGGGAGACAUUUGCAAAGAAUGGUGAAAUACUUCAGAUCAGUGUGGGGAAGGUAGAUGUCAUUCAAGAACCAGGUUUGAGUGGCCGCUUCUUUGUUACCACCCUCCCAGCAUUUUUCCAUGCAAAAGAUGGGAUAUUCCGCCGUUACCGUGGCCCAGGAGUCUACGAAGACCUGCAGAACUAUAUCUUAGAGAAGAAGUGGCAGUCUGUUGAGCCUCUGACUGGCUGGAAAUCCCCAGCUUCUCUAACGAUGUCUGGAAUGGCUGGUCUUUUUAGCAUCUCUGGCAAGAUAUGGCAUCUUCACAACUAUUUCACAGUGACCCUUGGAGUUCCUGCUUGGUGUUCUUACUUCUUUUUCGUGAUAGCCACCUUGAUUUUUGGCCUUUUCAUGGGUCUGGUCUUGGUAGUAAUAUCAGAAUGUUUGUACUUGCCAUUUCCAAGAAAUUUAUCUGAACAUUCUGAGCAGAAUCUCAGAUCAGAGAAGGUUCAUAUAACUGAACAGUUGCAGGAUGUAGAGGAGGAAAAGGAUGAUUCAAAUGAAGAAGAAAACAAGGACAACCUUGUAGAUGACGAGGAUGAGAAAGAGGACCUUGGGUACGAGGAGGAAGCAGAGGAGGAAGAGGAGGACGGCCCGGCUGCUGGUGUGGACGAGGAGAAGAAUGAAGCCCAGGACCCGGAGCCCCCGAGGGAGGCCCGGGAGGACGAGGGGCCUGGUGAGGUGGGAGAUGACAGCCUGGAGCAGCCCGGCCCGGCUGGCACAGAGGCGGUGGGAGACUCGUUGAGACAGCGCAGAAGUCAGCAUGCUGACAAGGGGCCGUCGGCCUGA